GGCAGGCGGGCGCUCGCUGCCUCGGUGCUCGCUGGCUCGUGCUCGCUCGCUGCCUCUCCGUCCGUGUGGGCAAGUCGGGGCCGCCCAAGCAGCGUCCACCGCCGCCUCGCCCCCGCCCUCCUCCCGGCUCGCCCGCCGGCUCCCGGUCGUGAGUAACCAGCAUAGGGCGCGGAGAGUCCCCGCGGCGGCGGCCGGCCAAACCAUGUUCAGGAGGAUCUUGCAGAGGACCCCUGGGAGAGUUGGCUCUCAAGGUUCUGAUUUAGAUUCAUCAGCAACUCCUAUAAAUACUGUGGAUGACAAUAAUGAAAGUUCCUCAGAGGGCUUCAUAUGUCCCCAGUGUAUGAAAGCUCUUGGCUCUGCAGAUGAACUUUUCAAACACUAUCAGGCAGUUCAUGAUGCUGGUAAUGACGCAGGUCAUGGUGGAGAGGCUGAUCUUGCUUUGACACGAGAUGACAUAACACUACUCAGACAAGAGGUCCAAGACCUACAGGCCUCACUUAAGGAAGAAAAAUGGUACUCAGAAGAAUUAAAGAAAGAAUUAGAAAAAUAUCAAGGGCUACAGCAGCAAGAGGCUAAAUCUGAUGGAUUGGUGACUGAUUCAUCUGCAGAACUAAACUCUUUAGAACAACAAUUAGAAGAAGCCCAAACAGAAAAUUUUAAUAUUAAGCAGAUGAAAGAUCUAUUUGAACAGAAAGCAGCCCAGCUUGCUACUGAAAUUGCAGAUAUAAAGUCAAAAUAUGAUGAGGAAAAGAGUCUCCGAGAAGCUGCUGAACAAAAAGUGACACAUUUGACUGAAGAAUUAAACAAACAGACAACUGUAAUUCAGGAUCUGAAAACUGAACUGCUUCAGAGACCUGGUAUUGAAGAUGUUGCUGUAUUAAAGAAAGAACUGGUCCAAGUUCAAACACUAAUGGAUAAUAUGACUUUGGAACGUGAGAGAGAAUCUGAAAAACUCAAAGAUGAAUGCAAAAAGUUACAAUCAGAAUAUGCUAAUUCAGAGGCUACAAUAAGCCAACUAAGGAGUGAGCUUGCCAAAGGCCCCCAAGAAGUUGCUGUGUAUGUGCAGGAAAUACAAAAACUUAAAGGUUCAAUUAAUGAAUUAACACAAACAAACCAGAACUUGACAGAAAAGUUGCUGAAGAAAGAACUGGACUACACCCACUUGGAGGAGAAGCACAGUGAAGAGUCAGUGAGUAGAAAGAAUGUCCAGGCGACCCUGCAUCAGAGGGACCUGGACUGUCAGCAGCUUCAGGCAAGGCUGGCUGCCUCUGAAGGCUCCCUGCAGAGGGUCCAGGAGGAACUCAGUGAGAGGGCGGAGGCUGCUCAGAAGCUCAGAGAGGAGCUGCGGCAAGCGGAGAGCAGGCAGCAGCAGCUCAAGGCAGAGUGUAAGCAGCUGCAGCAGCAGCGUGAAGAGAAGGAGCAGCAUGGGCUCCAGCUGCAAGGGGAAGUCAGCCAGUUACAUAGCAAACUUCUGGAGACGGAGCGCCAACUAGGGGAAGCUCAUGGUAGGCUGAAGGAACAGAGGCAGCUUUCAAGUGAGAAGCUGAUGGAUAAAGAACAGCAGGUGGCUGACCUACAGCUCAAGCUCUCUCGUUUGGAAGAGCAGUUGAAGGAAAAGGUAACAAAUUCCACCGAGCUGCAACAUCAGUUAGAAAAAUCAAAGCAACAGCACCAAGAGCAGCAAGCUCUUCAGCAGAGCACUACAGCCAAACUCCGAGAAGCUCAGAAUGAUUUGGAACAAGUCUUACGUCAGAUUGGUGAUAAGGAUCAGAAGAUCCAGAACCUUGAAGCUUUACUGCAGAAGAGUAAAGAAAAUAUUUCUUUACUAGAAAAGGAAAGAGAGGACCUUUAUGCAAAAAUCCAAGCUGGUGAAGGAGAGACUGCUGUUCUUAAGCAGUUGCAAGAGAAAAACCAUACACUACAACAGCAACUGAUUCAAAUAAUGGAGAAGCUGAAGAAUCAGUCGGAAAGCCACAAACAGGCUGAGGAGAAUUUGCAUGAUCAGGUACAGGAACAGAAGGCACAUCUUCGAGCUGCACAAGACCGAGUUCUUUCCCUAGAAACCAACAUCAAUGAACUAAGCAGUCAGUUAAAUGAAAGCAAGGAGAAGGUCUCUCAGCUUGACGUACAGAUUAAAGCCAAAACUGAAUUGUUACUAUCAGCAGAAGCAGCAAAAACUGCUCAGAGAGCGGAUCUUCAGAAUCAUUUGGACACAGCUCAAAAUGCACUACAAGAUAAACAACAGGAGUUAAAUAAGGUCACUGUGCAGCUGGACCAGGCCACUGCAAAGUUACAGGAGAAGCAGGAGCACUGCAAUCAGCUGGAGAGCCAUCUAAAGGAGUACAGGGAGAAAAACCUCUCUUUAGAACAGAAAGCUGAAGAAUUAGAAGGCCAAAUUAGGAAAUUAGAAGCCGAUGCCCUAGAAGUUAAAGCAAGCAAAGAGCAGGCUUUGCAGAGUCUACAGCAGCAGAGGCAGCUGACCACAGACCUCGAGCUGAGAACCGCAGAGCUGAGUAAACAGCUUGAAGAGGAGAAGGAAAUAGUAUCAAGUACGAAAUUGGAUCUGCAGAAUAAAUCCGAAGCCCUUGAAAAUAUUACACAAACUCUUACCAAGAAAGAGGAAGAAAAAGUUAUCUUGAAGCAAGAAUUUGAAAAGUUAAGUCACGAUGCAGAGAGGCAGCAGAAAGAGCUGAAUGAGCGAAUCCAGGCGACAGCCACAGACCUGAAGACAGUGGAGGCGCAGAAAGAAGCUCUGGUGGCAGAGCUUUCAACAGCAAAAGAGAAAUUGUCGCAAGUUUCUGAUUCUCUCAAGAACUCCAAAAGUGAAUUCGAGAAGGAGAACGAGAAAGGAAAAGCUGCUAUAUUAGAGUUGGAAAAAGUUUGUAAAGAACUAAAGCAUCAGCUCCAAGUACAGACAGAAAGUACGCUCAAGGAGCAGAAUGAACUGAAGAAGUCACUUGAAAAAGAGAAAGAGACUUCUCAACAGUUGAAGGCAGAACUCAGUUCACUCAAGGGAGAAGUCACGCGGGCUCAAGAUACAUUAAAACAAAAGGAAAAAGAAGAGCAGCAGCUUCAGGGCAACAUAAAUCAGCUAAAGCAGUCGGCUGAACAGAGGAAAAAGCAAAUUGAAGCACUUCAAGGAGAAGUAAAAAAUGCUCUUUCACAAAAGACAGAGCUGGAGAAUAAACUACAGCAGCAGUUAUCUCAAGCAGCCCAGGAACGUGCAGCAGAGAGAGAAAAACUGUCAGCGUUACAAAGCACCUAUGACAAAUGCCAGGCGAGCCUGAAACAGCUUCAGUCCGACCUCUACGGCAAAGAGUCUGAACUUGUAGCCACAAGACAAGACCUUAAGUCUGUAGAAGAGAAGCUCGCUCUGGCACAAGAAGACUUGAUUUCAAACAGAAAUCACAUUGGAAACCAAAAUAGAUCAAUUCAAGAACUGCAGGCUGCCAAAGCUGCUUUGGAGCAGGACUCGGCAAAGAAAGAGCAGUUGCUGAAGGAGCAGAGUAAAGCAUUGCAGGAUGUGCGAAGAGAAAAGUCAGUGAAGGAAAAAGAACUAGUAAAUGAAAAGUCUAAAUUGGCAGAGACGGAGGAAAUUAAGUGUAGACAAGAAAAAGAAAUCAUUAAACUCAGUGAAGAACUCAAGUCCCACAAACAAGAAAGCAUAAAGGAAGUAGCCAACCUCCAGGAUGCCAAACAACUUUUGAUUCAGCAGAAAUUAGAACUUCAAGGCAAAGUGGAUUCGCUGAAGGUGGCUCUGGAGCAGGAGAAGGAACAUCAGCGCUUGCUGCGAGAGCAAGCACAAAAGGAGGAAGAGAUGCGGAAGGAGGAGUUUUCUGAGAAGGAGGCGAAGCUGCAUUCCGAAAUAAAAGAAAAGGAAGCAGGAAUGAAGAAGCAUGAGGAAAAUGAGGCUAAGCUUACUAUGCAGGUCACAACAUUAAAUGAGAACUUGGGUACUGUGAAAAAGGAGUGGCAGUCUAGUCAACGGAGAGUCAGUGAGCUUGAGAAGCAAACAGACGACUUACGGGGUGAAAUCGCUGUCUUAGAAGCAACGGUUCAGAAUAAUCAAGAUGAAAGAAGAGCACUUCUAGAAAGGUGUCUUAAAGGAGAAGGGGAAAUAGAAAAGCUUCAGACCAAAGUUCUAGAGUUGCAGAGGAAGCUGGAUAACACGACUGCGGCUGUGCAGGAGCUGGGCAGGGAAAAUCAGUCCCUCCAGAUCAAGCACACGCAAGCACUCAACAGAAAGUGGGCAGAAGACAAUGAGGUGCAGAACUGUAUGUCCUGCGGGAAGUGCUUCUCAGUCACAGUGAGGCGGCAUCACUGCCGACAGUGUGGAAAUAUCUUCUGCGCUGAGUGUUCAGCCAAAAAUGCCUUAACUCCUUCUUCGAAGAAGCCUGUUCGUGUCUGUGAUGCAUGUUUCAAUGAUUUGCAAGGAUAACGGGUUAUCACAACUGCAGAGUAGUGUCACACUAACAUUAAACUUAUAAUAAAUUUGAUUUGGACUCUGGUUGCAUACUAGGCCAAAUUGGAAUUCGUAUAUUUUGGAAUGUUACCAGUAUCAAGUAAAACUCUUCUAUUUUUGUGAGACUUGGGUUCAGUUUUGAUUACUUUUCUCCAUUUAAUCCCUAAAACAGCUUUCACGCCAAGGUCAGAAUUUGACAAUGAAAUGUAAAUAAUCUUUGGAUGGAAAAUAGCAAUGUAUUUUUUUAAAUAUAAUUUAAUUAUUCACAAAUGAUGAAUACAAUUCCUUAAUUUCACCCUUUCAAAUAUUAUGUGCAAAAUGUGUGGGUGGUUGUUAGCAUUGUUGUGUCUCUGUUGCACAACAAUAGUGAUUAUGUGUUCUGCUGGAGUCAUGCACAGGAGUGUAACACCCUCUGUUAUACACGCUUGUGGCUCAAUGAUGUUGUUAUGUUAUACUCUGAUUACUUGAGUGUCCUAAAUGCAGUUUAUGCUAAAAUGAUGUGCUAACCAUGAAGUCAAGCAUGGUUUUUGUUUUGGCAGUAUUGAUUAAAUUCUCAAGUGGAUUUGAUGAACUCCUAUGUAAAACUAAAUGGUUUACUUUAUGGUACUUCUGGGGUUAUAUUGCUAAAACUAGAGUUGAUUUGUAUUUCUUGUCUUAUUUUAGACCCCCAUGCACAGUCUCCUAAAAUACUGUAUAAAACUUCCCACCCUGAGCUGGAGGGUGAGUAGUAGAUCUGUGUGGUGGCCUGGUCUUGUGUUUUUGCUGGUGGAAAGUCUUCUGAAGUUAGUUCACACUACAGCCUUACUGUGUCCUUCCAGAAUCUUCAGGAAGUUUGCUUUCUAAAUGGAUGUUCUGUUCCUUAUCUGGCUCAGUCUUCGUUAGUGUAGCUCAGCUUCACUGUAAUCAUGCCUGCAGUUUAGCCUUUUUAAAGAUAGGAACCGAUACUGCUAUUGUCCUGCCUGUGAAGACAAUAUAAAGCGGUAGGGAAAUAUUAAAAUUCUACUUUACAUUUUCUCUAGUGUAUUAGGAAAGAAUACUUGGAGAGGUGGAAAGUUGACUUCAUGUGAAAUGUUUUAACUUUGCAAACGAGUGCAGUGGAAUUACAUUACAGCUAAAGAAUAGAGUAUGUAUAGCCCCAGAACUCCUACAUUAUGAUAAUAAUGGAAACCCGGUUGCUAGACCCUGUUGCCAAGGUCAUUUGUCUGUCAGUGAUGGGACUGAGCUUUAACUUCAUAGUCCUGCAAGCCGGAGAUGGGGAGAGCAUCCGAAGACUGACCUUACUGCAUACUAGUUGUUAAACUGCCUUUCUGAAGAAAUGCAAAGUUACACAUUCAAUCAGUGCAGUCAUUUCAUAACAAUAGCAGAGAAAAGUAAGAGCUAAUACUUCAUUUACAAGAAAGAAUUUGUAAUACACACUUUGCUGUCAGGAUUAUGCUGGGAUUUUUAUGCUUCGGACAUACUUACAACAGGAGACUGACAUGUAUUUUUAAUUACUAAACAAAGUUAAACCUUGCUGUCAGUAAUUACUAAGGAGACUAAGUCCCACGACUUGGAUACGUAUAUAUCCUUGAGCUUAUAUAAUGAAGUGAUACAGUGGCUCCUUAUUAAAAUAACAGUUGGAUAAUAUACUGCUAUUUAUGCAUUUUAUAUAAUUGUAAAUCCUUUCAAGUAGUCCUCCACUUUUUUUUGCAUAUGAGUCCUUUGAGUAUGUUAAAAAAUCCAAUAAUCACAGCACUGCUUCAUGAGAAUUCUGGGUUAGAAUGCUUGUUCAUUUCAUCUUUGCAUUGAAGACUUCCCUUUCUUCACCUCCCCUUCACAAAAAAUGGGGAGUGGCAACAAAUGAAACAAUAUGUGCUUUUAUGUAGUUUUCUUGUUUCCCCACAGCUAAUCUUAUGUCAUAGGUCCCAAAUAAUUCCCUACCACAUGCUGCUAUACCAAUGACACAAAUGAAGCCAAAUGAUUUUUUGUUCUAACUAUUACCAAUUUAGUAUGUAUUAGAAACAAAAAUUUAACGUUUUUUCUCAUUUAAAUAAAAAGUUCUCUCCUGAGUUCCUUUUUUGGCUGUAUAUUUUAGAUGUUUGCUAGUAGUGUUGUAUUGUCAGUGGGUUAGAGCUGGCACAUACAGAAUCCCAGUUCCUGGCUGUAAUGCAAAAUAUAUUGUCAUCAGGUAUUGGCAAGCUGCAAAGCCCAGCACAGAAAUGUGAGUUAAAAUCAAGUUGUGGUGGGUUUGUGUACAAUAAACUGUAUAUACAGAAUUGUUAUCAUAGAAAGCAGGCAGAACUGCCAAUAUAUGACAUAUUCCUUUUGAAGAAAGAAAAGAAUGAAACACAAAAACCUCAGUGCAGUGUACAAAUAAACAUUUUGUUCAACUACCUCUUAAAGUGGAAUUAGCUAGUGUAAUAGUUCCUUAUGGUAAUAUUAAAUAUCAACUGCCAAAUUUAUGUUCCCAUCCCCCUUUAAAGGUCUUUAUGGUUAUUUUUUAUAGUUUUGAAGUCUUUGUGACUACUUUUUUACUCUUGCAUUUGCAUAAGAUGUUUAACCUAAAGUGGAAGGCAAAUGACAGUUGUAUAUUUUGAUAUUUGUGACCUGUUUAACUCUAGGGUUUUUUUUAAUGCACUUUGGCUAUGAAAACCACGGAUAACUUAUCUAUAAGAUUUAAAUGUGCCAUCAAUUUAAUACUCCCAGAAGUAAGCUUGGUGAAUGAUAUUCUAUAAUUAUUAUGUGCCACACAUUGCUGUGUCUUAAUUGCCCUUUGCCUGAAUUUUAAUGGUCAAAUUGUAAUUGUUGCACAUGUGAAUAGUGUGUAUAAACUUGCUGAAUUUAUGCAAAAUUGUAUAAAAUAGAAUUGAAAAACCACUGUGUUCUUUCUGUGAGAAGUAAUGAACUUCCUGUAACAUGGUCCAGCCACAAGUCUGACAUUCUGUGUUUCUCUGCGUUGGAUCAUAUACCCAUAGCCUUUGUACAUACUUUUGCAUGAGUAUUUUCUCCUCUGGUUUGGGGUUCAUUAUUUUAUUGUGUUUACUACUUGUGAUCAUGUAGUCGUGCCUUAUUUUCUGAAAGAGUUUAGCUCGGUAAAUACUGUAAUUUCCAAUCCCAGUGACUAGAAGGUUACUGAUUAUAACUGGUAUAUUACAAGACAGCAUUUAAAUCUGUGUAAAGAAUAAUGGAAGGAUCCUUAUUGAUUUGCCACUUGUGUUUUUUUUAAUAUGUUAAAGAUUAUAUUAAAGACCAUUUCUUUCUA